AUCAAUUCACAAUGGAAAAAUAUAAUGUUUUUUUUACAUUUAAAUUCAGAAUAUUAUAUUAUGCCCAUAGGAAAAACUUGGAGAUCAAGUUCAAGACAAUAUAUAAAUAUGAUCGUUGUCAUAGCAUGAAUUCCAUCAUCAAUCAAUUCAUCAUAUGAGAACAGAAAACGAUGGCAGAGCAAAGCAAGGUGAUCCUACACGGAUUUUGGACUAGCCCUUUUGUGAAGAGGGUGGAAUUGGCCCUUAAUCUCAAGGGCAUACCUUAUGAUUAUGUGGAAGAAGACUUAGCAAACAAAAGUGAUUUACUUCUCAAGUACAACCCGGUUCACAAGAAGGUACCUGUUCUUGUUCAUAAUGAAAAGCCUUUAGCUGAAUCAAUGGUGAUCGUUGAGUAUAUUGAUGAAACUUGGAACGAUGGUCCUAAAUUGCUUCCCAAUGAUCCAUACAAAAGAGCCCAAGCUCGUUUCUGGUCUAAGUUCAUGGAGGAACAGCUAUUUGAGACCACUUUUCUAGUUUUCAAAACAGAUGGAGAAGUGCAAAAAAAAGGGCUUGACGAACUGUACCAGAAACUGAAUGUACUUGAAAAUGGAAUGAAGACCUUUUUGGAAGAAGGCAAUACUGGUGUUGAAAACAAUGCUGGAAUCCUGGACUUAGUCUUCUGUUCCUUAUUUGGCGCUUACAAGGUUCAUGAAGAAGUUCUUGGCAUAAAGCUCAUAGUGCCAGAUAAGUUUCCUUUGCUAUUUUCUUGGUUGAUGGCUAUUGGUGAGCUUGAAGUAGUGAAAAAGGCAGCUCCUCCACAUGAAAAAUCAGUGGAAAUCCUUCAGCGUUAUAGGCAAUCUGCACUAAAAUCUUUUCCUGUAGCUUAAUGCACUUUCCUAGUUAAAUGGACCGUCGUUGGCUUCUUAACUUUCAAUAAUAGGAUUGGUAGCAUUUGUAAUUAACAUACGUAUUUU